UCCCCCGGCAUCCUCGUUCGCUCCGCGACCUCCCACCAGCAGGGGGCGCUCUGACGCAUCACCGCGGAGCCGCUCUAGUCCUCCGAGCCAUCCAAUGAGCGCGAAGCGUUUCGGCGGGAAAAGGGGCGGAAGCUGCCGGAAGUGGCUCAGUUGGCUUCCGGCGGCGACGGGAGCCAUGUCGGAGCGGGGGCCGCUGCGGCUGCUGGCGCUGCACGGGUACCGGCAGAGCGGGCCGCGGUUCCGGCAGCGCACCGGGGCGCUGCGCAAGGCCCUGCGGGGCCGCGCCGAGCUGGUGCCGGUCAGCGCGCCGCACACCGUGCCCGGCGGCGGUGAGGACAGCGACGGGGACGACCCCCCCCGCGGCUGGUGGUUCUCCGGGCCUGGCACCUUUGAGGCGGCGGAAGCGGCGGCGGAGCCGGCGGGGCUGGAGGAGUCGCUGUCGGCCGUGGCGGCGGCGCUGGCGGAGCAAGGGCCCUUUGACGGGCUGCUGGGCUUCAGCCAGGGCGCGGCGCUGGCCGCUAUGGUGUGCGCGCUGCGGGCCCGCGGGGAUCCCCGCUUCCCGGUGGGUUUCGCCAUCCUGGUGGCCGGCUUUGCCAGCAGGGCCCCGGCCCACGGGCACUUCUACAGGGAGCCCAUCGCCCUGCCCACGCUGCACGUUGUGGGGGACACCGAUGCUGUCAUCGCAGCCUCUCUCAGCAGGGAGCUGGCCCAGUGCUUUGUGGAGCCUGUUGUCCUCAGCCACCCCGGCGGGCACUUUGUCCCUGCGGCUGCACCACAGAGGAAGGUGUACCUGGACUUCUUGGACCGAUUCUGCCCUGCACAGGGACAGGCUGGGGCGGUUUGAUGGCAGGCUCUGUAAUAAAUGGUGCUGUAGCGAGCCAUGUGUUGGUGACAGAGCACCGUGUUUGUGACCUCCAGAGGGGCCAAAGAGCCCUUGUCUCUCACUGCUGCUCUGCAGUGUUCACCCAGGCUGAAUGGCUCUUUGUUAGACAUGUUAUAGAUACGAGUGUGUGGGUAUGAUGGGGUUGAGGGCAGGAGGGUGACCCUGUGCAAGGUCCUCUGACACUUAAAUAGGUGUUCAAAUAGGGUUCCCCAGCUGAGCCACAGCAAAGGUCUGCAGAGCACCCAGCUCCUGCAGUUCUUACCCCAAAAGUUCAUGUGCUUUAAUAGCACUUUAAGCCAGCCUUCCAGCUGGUCUGGGUCUGUAAAGCCUCUCAUGUGUGGCUGGUGCUCCUUUCAGGAAUGAAACACCUGCUGGUUUGGUGUGUUGGGACCUUUUGUAUCUUCCUGUGUACAAAGUGCCUUUGUGAACAAGAACUUGUCGCUAUGCUUUUGGUUCCUGUGUUUGCCAGAAACAUGGAAAUCUUUUAUUA